UCUUUACUGCUCUGCGACACUCCGCUACACUUGGCCAGCCCUUCCAGGGUGGAUAUCCAGCAGCAUUUCACAUCCGACACACACUAAGUGAGCAUGUACACAGUUCCUCUGUUGACUGUCGACCGUUCCAGCACAGACCAAAGCUGCUUGUCUGUCGCUCUCCACCCUAUCGGUUUAGGAUGUUUUGUGGCCAGUGCUUCUGGGUAAUGCUCUUGAGCGUCUUGUUGUCUUGACAUUGGUAAUCCUGCUGAAGGAGCACCAAUGGGACACAAGCAGUCCAAGGAAGAGGAGAGGAAGAGGAAGGCGAGGAAGAGUGCCGGUCGUGAGGACAGCUUGACGUCGGCAGAGCGGAUCCGCAACCAUGCGUACAAACAGUGGGGCUACAGCAUACUGAGCCUGGCCCGCCGCGGCCUCAAGGAACCCCCCAAGGAACUGUGGGAGCUGACGGAGCUCGAGAAGCUCAAUCUGUCGUUGAACUGCCUGCGGGCUCUACCCCCCACCCUUAGCAUCCUCAGCAACCUGGUGGUCCUCAACCUGUGGGGAAACCAGCUGACCAGCCUGCCCCCAGAGAUCGGCCAGCUCAGACACCUCCGCGUCCUGUUCUGCUACCGCAACCACCUGACCGAGGUUCCAGAGGAGCUGGGCAACUGCACCAGGCUGGAGGUCCUCAGCCUGGCCAACAACGAGAUAUCUGGCCUCCCUGCCUCCUGUGCCAACCUGACCUGCCUGAGGAAGCUCAAUCUCAGCCACAACAAGAUUGUUCACAUCCCCGGCUGCGUCUACACCAUGAAGAGACUGGUAUUCCUCCACCUGGCCUGCAACAGGCUGGAGUGCAUCGCCGAGAGCAUCGCGGCGCUGGUGGAGCUUAAGAUCCUCAUCGUGGAGGGGAACGAGAUCCACUCGCUGCCCAAGAUGAUCUGCUGCCUGACGCGGCUGGAGCUACUCAACGUGGACUUCAACGACAUCCAGAACGUGCCCCAGGAGAUGCACCAGCUCAGCAGGCUGGAGAAGCUGGCCUUCCACCCCCUGGAUAAGGGGCUCCACAUCAUGCAGAACCCCUUGCAGAAGCAAAUCAAAGAGGUGCUGGAAGGAGGCCUCAUCGCCCUCUUUAAUUAUCUGAAAUCUAAUUAAGACUCCUCCACAGAAUUUAUUCUGGGGACCCAUUGCUGUUCUCCAUGAAGGAACUAAAUGUACAUCCAUUGUUGUUGCUCAUGAGGAGGAUGCGAUUUUGGAGUGAUCCUCAACAUGCACGAGAAAAGUAUGAGAAAAAGCUAAGAUUGUUGUUUUCUCAUUUACUGUACAUAACAAGACGAUGCAACUGUGAUUUUGCAAAAAUGAUUAGGCUACUAAUUGAAUGACAGUAGUCAUGAUGCUUAUGUAGAGUUGUACCUGACAACUCUAUUUGUGUUUAACAUAAUUGGGACACGUCUGUCAUUAUAAACUUCUAAAAGCAAUGCUCAGUGGGGCUAAACACAUUGCAUGGAAAUAGACUAGGACUGUUGGGAGGAAAUCAUCUAACUUGUAGCAAAGCUCUGCUGUCAGGAUCCUCACAUUGUUUCCCAGAGGUUAUCUAGAGAAGAGGCCAUGUUUCAGGAGGGAGCCUUGUCUCUAACACGAGUUGACCUCCAUCCUCUCAUUCGAUUACAACCUCUCUUAGUCUUGGAGCAGGUCGUCGGGAUCAAGAUCAGGAGGCUUCCAUUACAUCAACAGAAAGGUCAGCCUUGAGCCUAUCCGUGUUUGCUGCUGUAGUUACCUACCCAACUCGUUUUAAAGAACAACAAGCAAAUUCUGUUGCCAGUCUCCAACUCCAUUCCGCUAAAAGGAUCACAUGCUAUAAUGCACACAGUCAAUGGACCUACAGUCUUAAUCAUGUCUAUUUGGGUUGGAAUAGCAUUUAAGUUUGUUUGCCACACAUGCUGAAUGUAGAACCUCUUUGCACCUGAAUGUAGCAUUUCAAAAACCAAACGGGUUAUGUGUACAUGUCAGCUGGUGUUGUUUAUUCUGCCUGACCGUAAAGUUGCCCAUUUUAAUAUGUCCUCUUAUUAUGCAGGAUUACUUAUUGCUGUGUUAGUUUGAGGGAAAAAUGCGCUCAUUACUAUUUUAUUGACCUGUUCAGUAAUAACUGAAGUCUAAAUAAAUAUUAGA